AAGUUGUUAUCGAGGAAACAUGAAGAUUUUCAAUCUAUGCAUUCUACUAAGCCUAGCAGUCACAGUUUACUGCGUGCCAAUUUCGCAGGUUACUGUGCAAGAUGAGGAUUUUGCUGAGAGCUACCUGAAGAAAUUCUACAACCUAACAGAGGAGACAGGUCCCACUGUGAGACGGGGGAUCAGCCCAGUGACCAAAAAGCUGAGCGAGAUGCAGAGAUUCUUUGGUCUCCAGAUCACCGGGACCCUGGAUGCUGACACCAUGGCGAUGAUGAAGAAGCCCCGCUGUGGCGUUCCGGACGGCAACAUUGGCCAUUUCUCCACGUUCGCAGGAAGCCUGAAGUGGGGAAAAAACAGCCUGACCUACAGGAUAGAGAACUACACACCUGACAUGUCUGUGCCAGAGGUAGAUGACUCCAUAGAGAAAGCGCUGCAGGUCUGGGCCAAAGUCACUCCUCUGAGAUUCACAAGGAUCUUCAGUGGCACUGCUGACAUCAUGAUCUCCUUUGGCCGCCUAUCACAUGGUGAUUAUUACCCCUUUGAUGGCCCUGAUGGCACUCUUGCCCAUGCCUUCGCCCCAGCACCAGGCAUUGGAGGAGAUGCUCAUUUUGAUGAUGAUGAGACCUUCACUUUCCGCUCAAACACCGGCUACGUCCUCUUCAUGGUUGCUGCCCAUGAGUUCGGUCACUCUCUGGGUUUGUCCCACUCUGAUGAUGCUGGUGCUCUCAUGUACCCCAAUUACUCAUACAGAAACCCUGAAACCUUUGUUCUGCCCCGGGAUGAUGUCAAGGGCAUCCAGUCUCUCUAUGGUCCAAACAAGGAUCCCUCUAUAGAUGAACCUGAGCCUCCCACCACCCCUGAUGCCUGUGAUUCCAACAUGGUCUUGGAUGCUGUCGCCACCCUGCGAGGAGAGAUGCUCUUCUUCAAGGACAGUUUGUUCUGGCGGAGCUACCCUCAGAGCAACACACCUCAGCAAAGUCUCAUCACAAACUUCUGGCCCAAUGCCCCCACCAACAUCGACGCUGCGUAUGAAAGCCAAAUCUCAGACAGAGUGUUUCUCUUUAAAGGUCAGAAAGUGUGGGCUUUCAGUGGCUAUGAUCUAGUGGGUGGCUAUCCAAAAGCAAUUUCCAGUUUUGGUCUGCCCAAAAGUGUGAAGAAAAUUAAUGCGGCCUUCUUUGACGUGGCAUCCCGCAAGACUCUGUUCUUUGUGGACAACAAUUACUACAGUUAUGAUGAGGCCACAAAGACGAUGGACCAGGGGUUCCCAAAGCAGGUAGAUCAGACCUUCUCCGGCCUGACCAGCAAGGUGACUGCAGCUUUCCAGUACAGAGGUUUUACUUACAUCUACAGUGGACCCUACAUGUUUGAGUACAGCCUGAGGACUGGGAGGUUGUUCCGCGUUCUGAGGAACAGCUACUUCCUGCGCUGCACCAACUUCUAGACCAGUUUACUAGCUACGUUGUUUAUGUAGCUGCUCUAAAUGAGAAUGAAGGCAAUGUGAUAAAAUAUCUUAUGUUUUAUAUUGUAACACACUUACGGGUAUAUAAUUCCUGAGAACAGCUGCACCUUAUGUGAUUUUUUUCUUUUUUAUUAUAUCAUUCUACUCUAUAAAGUUAAGUUAACUCUUCUCUAUCUUAGAUUAUUUAUGUCUUAUUCAUAAUUUAAUUAUUGCCAUUGUUAUUCUUGUUGCUGUUUUAAUUUUAUGUAGUUUAACUUUGGAACUUGUUACUGAAAUGUAUUUAAAAUUGUUACAAUUGCACAUGUCUAAACAGAUUUGUACACCACCGUGAAAGACAUAUAAAAGUAUGUAUGCAAAUAUAAAUAAACAAAACUAAUGUGAAAUUUCCACCAUGAUUGGCAAAUAAAAGUUGUUUA